AUGAAGUUUGCACAAUCUCUGGAGCAGCAUAUAGUCCCGGAAUGGAGAGGACAAUACCUUGACUACAAGAAUGGAAAGAAGAAGAUUAAGAAACUUCAAAAGAGAACGAGCGUUCUUCAGGUAGCUAAGGAUCAAAUUGAUCAAUCGGGUACUUCGAGUCACCAUUUACCUACUCCGAAGUUCAGUUUUAGAUCUCCCAGGAGUAAAACCACGGUUUCCGGGUCCCCUCAACCAAUCUAUUCGUCAACUGAACCUGUCAUCAAUACACCAGAACAAAGAGGCAUCUCCGAGCACCGCGUUACAUUUCCAAACGCUUCGGCAGAACCGUUUUCUCUUCCCUCUCCUGCUAUUUACCCCGAAACUCUAAACCAAUCUUCCAUUUCUACCAGAGACUCGCUCAGUACAGACAGUGAGACUGGUGAGGGCACAAAUGUUGACACAUCUGUCAAUAUCAAUGCCCGUACACCUCUUCUCUCAAAGCAGUCUGCCCCCAUUGGUGAGCUGAACCAUCGUAAAUCGUCAGUCUUUAAAUUACUCGACACCCUUAGACGUCAAAACUCUUUGACACAGCUAUCUCAGCUACUCUCUCACAGUUCCGAGAACGCUAACAUGUCCUUGACCGAAUUGGAAGAAAUGUCAUUGUAUGCCAAACAGCAGUUCAUCAAUUGGGUUGACUCAGAGCUUCGUAAAGUGGAUGAAUUCUUUCGAGAGCGUGAGCAGGACUCACUAGAGCGCUUUCUUGUACUUCAGGAUCAACUGAUCCAACUAAACGAGAAAAAAGAGCAGGCUAAGAUCCAGAUGGAUAGAAUUCUGGAAGGUACAACCAUCAGUAGGCAGCGUCAAAGAGCCGUGUCGGAUGUCUCCGAUGACUACGAUGUUUGUAUGGAUGAUGAAGAAGAGGACGAGAACGACGAGAAUACCGCAGCGAGCGAUGUACAGGCGAUUGCAGUCUCUGAACCUUCAAUGCGUUCCAAGAGCUUGGCAACUGCCAAUUCCAAGAUGAGGAUUUUUAUCUAUUGGGCUCAGAACGAGUUAGGACUUUUCACGAAGUUUGAUCUACCCUCAUUGCCGACCUUUGACUGGCUCAAAGAGAACGGAAAGGCCGAAAAGCAAUAUUAUGAAGAGGGAUACUACGAUUCAGAUGAUUCAGACGAUACGGAUAACAAUUCGUUAGUCAAUGAUCCCAGAUAUAAUCGUAAAGACUAUAUGCGCAAGAAGAAAAGGGUUGAUAAAGUACACAAUGUUUCUUAUUUCGCUGCUCGAAGGCAACUUAAACGUGCAGUAUACGAGUUUUACCAUUCUUUGGAACUUCUCAAGUCGUUUCGGCUAAUGAAUAGAACGGCCUUCCGUAAGCUUAUUAAGAAAUACGACAAAACUACCGAUGAUACACUUCUUCCCACCUAUAUGAAGACGGUUGACAGUAAAUAUUUCACCACCUCUGAUGUUUUGGAUAACUUGAUGGUUAAGGCUGAAGAAAUGUUUACACAAUACUUCGAAAACGGCAACAGAAAGAUUGCAUUGACCAAGUUAAGAGAGAUACAGGCGGAGAAAACUUACUAUGCUCCUAAUUAUUUGAAUGGAUGGUUACUUGGUAUGGCCCUGCCCAUAUUUGCCUUUACUGUGUUCUAUGCAUUGGAUAGAACUAUCGGUGGGGACUUGCCUGAAGGUAAAUGGUUGAUGCAAAUCUGGGCAGGCUUCUUCCUGCUCUGUCUCAUGGCUAUGCUAUUUGGCAUUAACUGCUUUGUUUGGGAUGAAUUUAAAGUUAACUACAAGCUUAUUUUUGAGUUUAAUCCACGCGACAACUUGAACUUCCGUCAAUAUCUUGUUUUGCCAACGCUACUAUUCUUUAUAGGCUCUCUAUUAGCCUGGUUUAGCUUUGAGGACUUCUGGCCCGUGGAAUUCAAUGGACGAGACUGGCCAUGGAUUUUUCUAAUUAUCUCCAUAGCGAUUUUAUUCUGUCCAUUCGACAUCCUCUAUCUCAAUGCUCGUACCUGGUUUCUUUCCACCGUUUUUAGAUUGGUUCUAAGUGGACUGUAUCCGGUUGAAUUCAGGGACUUUUUUCUUGGUGAUAUCUUCUGCUCACUCACAUACUCGAUUUCCAAUACUUCGAUGUUCUUAUGUCUUUAUCGCACCCACUGGGACAAAUGCUUGGAUGGUAGUGGACUAACGAAGUGUGGCUCCUCAGGUUCUAGACUUCUUGGAUUUCUUUCGGCCUUGCCAAAUAUUUGGCGUUUUCUUCAAUGCUUCCGUCGUUUUGCCGAUACUGGAGAUGGUUUCCCUCAUUUAGCUAAUAUGUGCAAGUACCUCAUCUCUUGCAUGUAUUACAUGAGCUUGAGUAUGUACCGGAUAGACACCAUUCCUCAGAACCGGUCCCUUCUUAUUGUUUUUGGAGGCAUUAACGGGCUUGUCAGUGCUGCAUGGGAUCUUCUAAUGGAUUGGUCUUUGUUCCAGUUUCAUUCCAAGAACUUUUUGCUUCGUGAUGAGAUUACAUACAAGCGUAAAUGGGUUUAUUACAGCGCCAUGAUUACAGACGUAAUCUUGAGACAUCAGUGGGUUUGCUAUGCAUUAUUUCAGAAGCAUAUUCAGCAGUCUGCCGUAACAGGAUUUGGUGUGGCACUCGCAGAAGUGAUUAGAAGAUUCAUCUGGAUCUUCUUCCGUAUGGAAAACGAGCAUGCCACUAAUGUGCAUCUUUUCAGGGCUUCACGAGACGCUCCUCUUCCCUUUCCUACCAGUCGUAAAAGAAGAAGAAGAGCAGUAAAAUCGCGUGUAAUGCAACAAUUCCACGUGUCUGAUGAAGAGGCUCAAUACGCAUCUACUGCUACUGGCAUCACAACUGGAUUUGUUCCUGCUCCUCAACCUGCUCAUACCGCGGAAGGAUUGAGAACCAGAGGCCAGGAACCCUCUUUGGCCCCAUUGUCAGAAGAAGGUUCCACUAGAAACACGGAAGCAACUACCAAUUACUGGGGUACUUUAUCUAAAGUGCUCAAGAUGGCACAUAUAAAGGACUUUCAGAGAAGAAAGCCUCGUUCUGUUAGUGAUAUAGCAGCAGAAGAAGCACGUGCCGCAGCAGGUGGUACGUCACACGAUCCUGACGGCGAUGACUCCGAUAAUGGAGGGGCAGACACAGAUGAAGACAUUGCGGAAGAUGAAUACAGAAGAUAG